AUGGGUUUCUUUGGCAAAAAGGACGCGCCAGAGGAUGAGAUCUCAAGAGCACCCGACCAGGAUCUCGAGAAGACGGUGCCCGCUCAUCAAGAGAGCGGGCCUGUACAGCCUCUCGCCAUGAAUGCUACGACGAUCGACCCGGAAUUGGAGCGGCGAGUGUUAAGAAAGCUGGACUGGCACGUUCCCACGCUCAUGGGCUUUUUCUACCUACUUGCUUUUCUCGACCGAAGCAACAUUGGCAAUGCCAAAAUUGCCGGCAUGGCAGAAGACCUCAACCUCACAGGCAACCGGUACUCAUGGCUGCUGACAAUCUUCUACAUCUCGUACACGGUAUUCGAGUUCCAGGCGCUGAUGUGGAAGAUCGUCAAGCCGCACCAAUGGGCCGCCUUUGUUGUAUUCUCCUGGGGUUUGGUCGCAACGUGCCAAGCGGGGGUGAAGAACUGGCAGGGUAUGAUGGCCCUACGGUUUCUGAUGGGUAUCUUUGAGGCCGGGUUUGGACCCGGAGUGCCCUAUCUGUUGUCGUUCUUCUACCGCCGCCACGAGUUGGGUCUCCGCUGCGGUCUGUUCUUGUCGGCCGCUCCGCUGGCUAACACCUUUGCGGGUGCGCUUGCCUACGGUAUCACCUCGGGCCACUCCGCCUUGGCCAAUUGGCGACUCUUGUUCCUUGUCGAGGGCCUGCCUGUCUGCGCUGCUGCGAUCUUGGCAUGGUUUUAUGUUCCGGACAAACCAUCGUCGGCGAAGUUCUUGACUGAGGAAGAAAAGGAGGUUGCUCGCAUGCGCGCGCUGCAGCAAUCAGGCGACGCAGAGCGUGCGGGCAAGAUCCAAUGGAAGGAACUGUUGGAGACACUUUUGGACGCCAAGGCCUGGUUCACUGCGGUUCGUAUUCCCAUCCAAUAUACCGAUCAAAUAGUCGAUGUGCUGAUUCUUUUCGCGUUCUCUUUCUUCCAGUUGAUGUACUUCAGCUGCAAUGUGAGCUUCUCGUCUCUGCCCGUCUUCCUGCCCACCAUCCUCAAAGAGAUGGGCUUCACGGCCAUCAACGCGCAGGGCCUCACCGCACCUCCGUUCUUCGCCUCUUUCCUCUGCACGAUUGCGACCACCUGGGUGGCGGAUCGCAUCCAGCAGCGCGGAUUGAUGAUCGCAGGAUUAUCAGCGAUCGGCGGUGUGGGGUACCUUCUGUGUGCCACCUGCAAGUCGGUGGGCGUGCGAUAUUUCGGCGUAUUCCUUGCCGCCUGUGGAGUCUUCCCGUCGAUCGCCAAUAUCCUGCCGUGGGUUCUGAACAACCAGGGCUCUGAUACCCGCCGGGGCGGAGGCAUCAUCCUGCUCAAUAUCAUCGGUCAGUGCGGCCCGUUCCUAGGAACCAAUGUAUUCCCCGACAACCAAGCCCCGCGAUUCAUCAAAGGAAUGUCGAUAUGUGCGGCAUUCAUGUUCUUCACCACGCUGCUGGCCUUGUGUCUUCGCUUCUUGCUCGUGUGGGAGAAUCGCCAGCUCGACAAGAAGUAUGGGCCGAGGGUUGAAGCAGACCCAACCAAAUCCGAGGUCGCAGCAGAGGACAAUUACGGUGCCAGCUUCCGGAACGUGCUAUAA